UACGUAAGAUGGCGGACCGGGCAUCCACCCGCUGUCGUCUCCCCCAGGUAACAUGGCGGCGACGACACCGCCCCGUACGCGCGGAGCGGCGAGCAAGGACGCUUACCUGGAAAGUCUGACCGGCGUCACGUCGAGACGCGGCAUACGCCAGGGCGUCGCGGGAGACAAGAGCCCCUCCCGGCAUCGCACGAAGGUGAAGCCGCCACGGGAGGACAUCAGCCAGGGUGGGGAGGAGGUGGACGAGGAGGGGGAGGAGGAGGAGAUGGAUGGAGGAAGUUUGGAAAAUUCGGAUGACGAGUUGCCUACACCGACAGGCCCCGCGCCCUCGGGAUGGGCCAACGCGAGCGAGAUGGAGCACGGCGAUGGAGACAAAUUGGAGGCCGGAGAGGAGAGCGAAACAGAUGCUUGGCAACAAUACACCAAAGCCGAUACGGGAAAAGGCUCCGACUACAACGGCACCCUCUCGGAGGACGAACGCAGCGUGGAGUCGACGGAACUGGACGGCGGGCGCAUGAGACAGCGAAAGCAGCAGCAGCAGCAGCAACAGCGGCAGCGGCGGCGGCGGCAGCAGCAGCAGCAGCAGCGUAAGCGCGACGGGUGCCACAGCUACCGGGACCGACGGGACGUCCCGGCCGCCGGUCGCAGGCCAUCGGCCGCCAAGGAGGCCGCCUCCGGCGGCAGGGACAGGCCACCGCGGCCACCGCGGCCGCCGCUGCUGCUGGCGGGCGUGACGUUGGCGGCGUUGGCGGUGUUGGCGGCGGCGGCCUGGUGGUGGUGGUGGUCCGCAGGAGCCGGCCGCGGCCGCGGGUCGCCGGGGGCCGCCGGGCGCCCCGGCGCGCCGGAGCCCCCGCACUCGGCGGUGUUCGGCGAGCGCCUCGAAGCCGCCCGCCGGCGCCACCCCUCGCAGUGCGACGAGCUGUGGCGCCGCGUCAACAUCACCCUGCGGCGCCACCUGGCCGCGCUGGCCGACGGCGACCCCGGCACGCCGAGCCAGCCGGCGACGCUGCUGCUGGCGUCGGGCCCCCGGGGCCUCCGCGCCGCCGAGGGUCUGGCGGCCGGCCUGGCGGCGGCCUACGGCGACGCCGCGGCCGCCGCCGCCGCCGCCAAGCUGGCGUUGGACGAGCGGCUGCGGUCGGCGCUGGGCGCCGGCGGCGCCGGCGUGGCGCUCGUGCGGCUGGAGCGGCUGCCGCCGGCGUCGACGCUCAUGCUGUACGCGUACUGCGACCACGAGACGGCUAAGUUCAAGCGCGCGCUCAUCGUCUUCACCGUGCUGCUCGACGCCGGCGGCGGCGGCGGCGGUGGCGUGGAUGCCGGCGGCGGGGAUGCCUCCGGCGCCGGGGAGGCCGGCGAGGGGAGCUGCCGGGCCCUGCGGGAUUUCACGGACCGGGUUUACGCGUCGCUGCGGCGGGCGCUCGUGGGGCCGAGGCUCGACCUGGACAAGUUUGCGGGGCUGUGGAGCCGCGUGGCCACCGUGGUGCUGCCCGUGCAGCCCGAGGGGUCGCCCUGA